UAUACCCGGGCGGACUGUACCAUUCACUGAGAACAACACAGAGAGCCGGCGAAGGGGCACCAUGGCUGAAGAGGAGCAGUUUGUGAACAUUGACUUGAAUGACGACAAUGUAUGCAGUAUCUGCAAGCUGGGUACUGACAUCGAGACCCUGUCAUUUUGCCACAUCUGUUUUGAGCUGAGUAUUGAGGGGAUCCGCAGGUCUGAUCUUCUGCACACCAGGUCAGUACGGGGGCACAAGGACUGUUUUGAGAAAUAUCAUAAGAUUGCAGACCAAGACUGUUCCCGCUCCAAACUCGCCAAAAGCCCCUAUGAGGAGGUCAAGACAAUCGUCAGUAAAAAGAUCAGCUGGAUUGUCCAGUACGCACAGAAUAAAGAUUUGUACACCGAUACGGAGUGUUCCAAACCAACUCCGCAAAAGCUUUAUAAGUUCAGGCAGCUGAAUGACCGGUCCCUCCUUCCACAGCAUGACUCGCAGGUACCACGCUACUCUGAGAAAUGGCUGGACGCAGGAGCACGCAGUUUGUCUAGCUGUAGACAAGGAGUCCUGGAACAAAACAACACUCUUCAGAAUCCUAGGACCGCUUUCUGUCAUGGCCCGCUGUGGCCAAGUACCAGCCAAUCACACUCGAGUGAGAACUGCGCCUUGGAAUUUGGGACCACCGCACAAAGAUAUCAGCAUUACAGCAAAGAACAAUUGAAUUUGAUGGGCACAGAAGAACUGGGACGAUUGAAAGAACAUUUCCUCAGGCAAAUCAAGGAUGUAUUUGAAGAGCUUAGCUCCGUAGUCCAGGAGAAAGACACUCUGUCGUCGGAACUCAAUGGGCGUCACAUUGCCAUAGAACAGCUUCUGAAGAACUGCUCCAAGCUGCCUUGUCUCCAGAUGGGUCGUGCAGGAAUGAAAGUUAAUAUGACAAUUAAUAACUAGUACAAGCAAGGUUCGGUUUCACAGUGACCAGCC